CUUGCUCGUAAACCCGACUGAAGUUUCAGCAAAAAAAUCGUCUGCGCCACAAGAAAUUGUCAAAAUUAGUACACGAAAAGGACAAAAUUCCCACCAAAAAUAAACUCACAACACGCAAUCUGACAACCAAAAUAUCUCCGUUUUGGUAAUUACGCUGACCCAAUUCGAAAUUGUGACGAACCCUUCUUCUCCAUAGAAUUCACAAUUCCGUAAUUUUGGGGGCAAAAAAAGUAAUUGAAGAUAUUAGAAAUGUCGAGUAGCUGUUGUUUUUGCUGUAGACCGAGUAACUUGUUUGUGAUGCAGCCGAAAAAGGUGGAAUUGAUGAGGGCGAAGAGGGUUUGUGUAAGAGCUUCAAAGGUGGAGUCUUGUGGGAACCCUAAUUUUCUUCAACGAAUGGAACGUGCUUGGUUGAUUUCUCAGCAACCUAGGCCCGUUGCGUGUUCUUCGUGCGAAUCGAAGGGGCACGUGGAAUGCAAAUGGUGCAGUGGAACUGGUUUCUUCAUUCUCGGCGAUAACAUGCUGUGCCAAGUACCUUCUAGAAACACUACAUGCGUUAUCUGCUCCGGAAAGGGUUCUGCGUGCUGUUCUGAUUGCAAAGGAACCGGCUUUCGUGCAAAGUGGCUGGGAGAGCCCCCGAUUGAUACCAAAUAAGGGAGUGUGUACGCGAGUAUAUAUGCUUUAUCGAUGCUGAAUUUGAUAUUCACCGUUUUUUGAUCAUUACAUAUAUACUGCAACUUUUGUAUGUAUAUAUAGGUAUAUAGUUUCAUUGUUUUGAUUUAUUUCGAACAAGUGAUCGAUUGUUGUUGCUGUAAAUCCAAAUAUUUCCAGUUAUUGAUGACUCUUUUUUUUUUUUUU